AUGAGAACGUCGGCAACGGUGGUGGAAUCGCCCGUGCAGAACGACGUCCCAAAUGACGUCGCAUCCAAGGGUAGAUGGUCACCCAAGGGUCUUCUGCGCCAUGCAGAGCGCUCGCAUAGUCGAAUGCCUGGAAUUCGCAAGAUUCCUCUGCGGGCGAUCGCGGUUAUCCUGUUUGUUGCGUUGAUCAAUGUGGUGGUGUGGAUUGCCGCCGCCAUUGUCUUGGCGAUUGACCUCAUGACACGACGUCUGCUCGCCACCGGCCAAAGACCCGUCACCGUGGGAACUUUCUUCUCCCUCGGCCACUCCACGAUCGUGAUCAUCACCUCCAUCGUGGUGGCGGCCACCGCUGCUGCCGUCUCCUCCCGCUUUGACAGCUUCAGCACUGUCGGCGGUAUCAUCGGCACAUCUGUCAGCGCAGCGUUCCUCAUUCUGCUCGGCAUCAUGAACGCGUACAUCCUGUACAAGCUGUAUAAGCAGAUGCAGAAGGUGCUGAACCUACCCGAAGGCCAGGAAGACGAAGCCUGGAAGAUUGAGGGCGGGGGUGUCCUCUUCUCCAUCUUGAAACGCAUGUUCAAGUUGAUUGAUCGUCCUUGGAAGAUGUACCCACUGGGCAUCCUUUUCGGUCUCGGAUUCGACACCUCCUCGGAGAUUGCCCUCUUGGGGAUCUCGUCUAUUGAAGCUGCCCGUGGCACCGACUUUUGGGUGAUUCUCAUCUUCCCCAUCCUCUUCACUGCCGGCAUGUGUCUCCUCGACACAACAGACGGUGCCCUCAUGCUCUCCCUCUACAUCCAACCCGCCACCAACUUCCUUCCGCCCAAGGCCGACAGCGAAGCCGUCCCCGAGACGCCGCUCAUCGGCACCGAUCACGAGAUGGAGCCGCCCAAGAACCACCGCGACCCCAUCGCCUUUCUGUACUACUCCAUCGUACUGACCUGUCUUACUGUCAUCGUGGCCAUCGUCAUCGGCAUCAUUCAGGUUCUGACCCUCGUGCUUAACGUCGCCAACCCGACGGGCAGAUUCUGGGACGGCGUGCAGACUGCCGGGGACUACUACGAUGCGAUUGGUGGCGGCAUCUUUUAUAAGCCGUGGCGCCGGUGGGUUGCGCGGAGACAUGGAAAGUCUCUGCCUGAGGAGACGGAGGACCCGAAUAUGAGGCCGGAUACGCCGAUGUUGGCGGAUCAAGCCUCGGAUUAUGGGGCUUACCCUUCGCGACAUUCCUACCAUACCACACAUCCUGGCGCGACAUGUCGCAAUAAUUCCUGUCCAGCUGUUUUCGUUUUACCCACGCACCUCGCGCUGGAGGAGCUACAUCAGAUCGAGGAGCAACUCGUCCAACACCAUGCACGUCUCACCUACGACAUCUCCGAGGCGCAACUAAUCCUCGGCAAAAUUGCACAUAAGAAACGUGCUGCGCUGGAGCUGCGAUCCCGCGGGCUCUGGACAGAGGAGAUACCUCUUCAAGGGGCCACUUCCGAACCACCCAGCAAGCGACGACGCAUCCACGGCGAGACCCAAGCGCGCGUCGAAGAAGUCGAUCUGAGUACUGAAACAGAGGGCGAAGAAGACGGCGUGAGAAGCAAACAUGACUCCCGGCGACACCUGAAGAAACCGCAGUCCGCCGUCGGUCUUCCUGACGCGGCAGAUACGAUCAGCGUCGCGAAACUCGAGUGGUUCACCCAAUGCCUCAGCUCCAACGCGCUCCUCCCCAUAGACUCAUACAUCGUCUACCAAGCACGCAAAACAGCGCGACCCCCGCCACCGCCCUCUGUAUCCGCAAGUAGCGACAUCCUCCAACGCGCCAAACAAGACGCCGCAGCGCGUCGCGCCGACUCCUCCGCCCCAAGCAGCAGCCAACGCCCACCCCCCAAACUCUACCGACAAACCACCUCCGAAAACGACGAAGCCGCCCCGCUCCCGCCAGCCCCAGCCUGGGUAAGAAACCACAUCGUCUACGCCUGCCAGCGUUCCGCGCCCCUCCACCCCCCAAACGAAGGCUUCAUCGAGCAGCUCCAAGCCAUCCGCCAGAUCCGCGAGCUGACUCUCGACGAAGUAGGCGUGCGCGCAUACAGUACCUCCAUCGCCGCCAUCGCCGCCUACCCGUACGAAUUCCGGCGGCCGUCCGAGGUGCUCACGCUGCCAGGCUGCGACGCGAAGAUCGCCCACCUGCUGGCCGAGUACCAGGCCAGCGAGACGCGCACCCUCGCCGCCGCCAAAGCCCUCACGACGGACCCGGAGCUGCGCGUUUUGCACGAGUUCAGCCAGAUCUGGGGGGUUGGCCCGAAGACCGCCCGCGAGUUCUACUACGCGCGCGGCUGGCGCGAUCUCGACGACAUCGUCGAGCACGGCUGGGCGGGGCUGUCGCGCGUGCAGCAGAUUGGUGUGAAGUAUUAUGAUGAGUUUCGCCGGGGGAUCCCGCGCGGAGAGGUUGAGGCCAUCGCGCGGGUCGUCCAUCGCCAUGCAAACGCCGUUCGUCCUGAGGCUGCCUACGACGGCCGUGGUGUCGAAUGUAUCCUCGUCGGCGGGUACCGGCGCGGGAAGGAGAUUAGCGGCGACGUCGAUCUCAUCCUGACGCAUCGCGACGAGACCGUCACCCGGAACCUGGUCGUCGACGUGGUGGGCAGUCUCGAGGCGGAGGGCUGGGUUACGCACACGCUCGCGUUGAAUCUCACUACCUCUGCACGCGACCAGCAGCCGCUCCCGUUUCGCGGGGAGUCGACCGGCGCACACCACUUUGAUAGUCUGGACAAGGCGUUGGUCGUGUGGCAGGACCCGCGGUUUGAUGAUCCACAGGUGGAAGAGGGGAAGGGCAAGGGAAAGGCGGAGGAGGAGGCUGCACGGCGCAAACGCAAUCCGAACCCGCACCGGCGCGUGGAUAUCAUCAUCUCGCCGUGGCGCACGGUUGGCUGCGCGGUGCUGGGCUGGUCGGGCGACACGACGUUUGAGCGGGAUCUGCGCCGGUACGCGAAGAAGAUGCAUGGGUGGAAGUUUGAUUCGAGUGGUGUCAGGGAGCGGACGACCGGCGGACGGGUGGUGGAUCUUGAAAGCGAGGGACUCACUUGGGAGGAGAGGGAGAGAUUAGUUAUGGAGGGGUUGGGGGUGGGAUGGAGAGAGCCGGGAGAGAGGUGUUCUCGUUGA